AAGACGUACACUGACAACAGUGAACAGCUUAUAAAUAUAUGAAUGCAAACAUGGUAUCAAAUAGCUUGUACAUGCAGUAUAUUAACUCUGAGAUGCCAAGAUUGCAAGAGAUGAAACCUGUUGACCGAGGAAAAGAAGUGCUAACAUUUCAGCCUGACAAUUCUGUGGUAAUAAAAGUUGAACCUGAAUUACCAGGUGCUUUCUUUAAGAAAGAAGAUGAGAAAGAACAGUGUGUGGCUCAAAAAAUUGAUAGAAAUUACAUGAUUCCUCCAGACAUACGUCUGACAAGUUUCCCAAAAUUUGAUCAGCCAUAUUAUUUUCCAUAUGAAAUGCAGUGUCCCAGACCCAUGAAUUUUGAUCAUGGCACAUGUGUCAAUUGGAAUGAACAAUUUUUUGGAAAACCGUUGCAGCCAAUAUGUCAAGAUAUUCCAAGUACAGUGCCAGGAAAUGAGGGACUGAACUGCCACAGACCUCGAGAACCCGCUCCAGCAGAUUUCUGCCCUCCCCCAGUGGAAACAGAAUCUCACCAACAUGCCCACAGUACCCCAAAGCGACGAAACCCUCGGAAGACACCAGAGACCCCAGAGAGACGAGCCGCGCGGCUCGCAGCAGCGGCAGAACGUGAGAGGAGGAGACGGGCCAACGAAACCGAAGAACAACGGCGCAUCAGGCGCGAGGCUAAUGCCAGGCGGUCUCGGCUGCGGAGGGCCAAUGAACCUGAACACUUGCGGAGGGCGAGGCUUGAAGCGAAUGCCAGGCGAGCCCGCCUCCGCAGAGCAGCUGCUGCUGCUGCAGCAGCGGCGGCGGCAGCAGCUACGGCUGCAGCAACAGCUGUUCCAUCUGAUCCUGCUCCUCCUCCACCACCACCACCACCACCACCACCACCACCACCACCACGACAGCCAGUACCCUCUGUUGCUGUGAGCAAUGUGGCAGCUAACAACAGUACCUUAGCUGGCAGUACUGUUCCUGAAACUACUGCCACUACAACAGUUACAGAAGUAGCUGCUCCGAGAACAAACAUUUCACAUCCCAUUGUGCCUGUUCCACCUACGACUGUAUCUCAUCUAGACAGUUUUGCAAGUCUAUUGUGUGCAACUCAGAUCGGUUCUUAACUUUUCGAAUGAAAGAGUAAGCAUAUGACUGUGUUAGCGUAUGGUAUGAUUUUGACUGUGUGUCUUAAUUUUACUGUGAAUUUUAUGUUUAUCUGUUGUCUGAAGUGUUUGUGCUUCUUAGACUCACUGCGAGAUUGUUACGUAUUGUUCCUUCUGUGGCACUGCAGCCUGAAGAGAGAUGAACUCAGUCUUGCCACCUGGUGUGUGUGUGUGUGUGUGUGUGUGUGUGUGUGUGUGUGUGUGUGUGUGUGUGUGUGUGUUCUUGUGCAUCUGAACAGUACAAGUUGUGCUCUGUAUUAUGGCAGUUUAAACUGACUAUAUGAAAGCAUAGUGCGGCAGACAAAAGAAAGUCACUUCAGAUAUGAAAACAGUAAUUAAAGAAUGAUGGCAAGAGUGAACUGUUAUAUGAUGAUGUGCUGGAGGAAAUAUUUUUGAUUGAAGGACAGCUUUACAUUUCCAUGUUAUGUGGUCUUUAAGUUUAUGGAAAAGUGACAUUUUGAAUGUAUAACCCCUGAUUUAUUUCUUUAAAGUAAUUUUUAAGUCAACUUAUUCAUUUUAAGCUGUUACUGUAUGCUACUGGAACAUACUUCAAAAACUCUGUAUUUGUUUAUGCAACACUAGUCACAUGUCCAGUGUUAGUCAUUGUUCCCGAGUGCAUUGUGCCUUAAGAUUAUACCUAGCCAAAUAGAUCUAUAAAUAUCUUUCUCUUUGCUUUUUUAAAUCUCUUUCACAUUAUGUUAAGUUCUUAAUUUAUUUUAUAUCUAAGACAGAAAUUUUAUACUUUUUAUCCUGAUGGUCAAAGUUCUGAAAAUAACAAUGUGAAUAAAUUUUUUUAACUACCAUUUAACAAAGCCAGUUACUCUUCAUUAAUGAAAACUGGUGCAUACAAGAUAGCCCUAGAAAAAGGAAAUGUUUUCACUUAGAAAAGGGGAAAAAGUAUCAAGAAGACAAUCUGUGUUUGUGCUAUGUAAAUAGAGUAAAUAGAGCAAGGUUGUCUACUGUU